AUGGGUGCUUCGAACCAAGAAUCUCCAUCAUUGCUUCUGCAAGAUCUCAAAGUGACGAUCAAAGAAUCAUUACUCAUAUUCCCAUCGGAAGAAACCCACAAGAGAAAAUCUAUGUUCUUGUCCAACGUCGACCAAGUUCUCAACUUUGAUGUCCAAACGGUACAUUUCUUCCGACCAAACAAGGACUUUCCUCCGGAGAUUGUGUCGGAGAAGCUGAGAAAGGCGUUGGUGAGAGCCAUGAAUGUCUACGAGUUCUUGGCCGGGAGACUCCGCCUGAACCCUAGCUCUGGACGGCUCGAUGUUGACUGUAACGGCGCUGGAGCUGGAUUUGUGACGGCGGCGAGUGAGUACAUGUUGGAGGAACUUGGAGAUCUGGUUUAUCCAAAUCCAGCUUUUGCUCAGUUAGUUACAAGUCAGCUUCAAAGUUUGCCCAAAGAUGAUCAACCGUUGUUUGCUUUUCAGAUGACGUCAUUCAAAUGCGGUGGAUUUGCGAUGGGAAUCUCAACGAACCAUACGACUUUCGAUGGACUUAGUUUCAAAACCUUUCUCGAAAACUUAGCCUCUCUACUGAGUGAGAAGCCCUUAUCAACACCUCCCUGCAACGACCGUACCCUUCUCAAAGCUCGUACUCCACCACGUGUCACAUUCCCACACCACGAGCUCGUCAAGCUCCAAGACUCCUCCAACCCGACAGUCUUCGAAGCCACUUCAGAGCACUUAGAAUUCAACAUCUUCAAGCUAUCCUGUCAACAAAUCGAGAGGCUCAAGGAGAGAGCCUCAGAGAGUAGCAAUGGUUGUGUUGGUGUGACGGGUUUCAACGUUGUAACCGCUUUGGUCUGGAGGUGCAAGGCACUCUCUUUUGCAGCAGAGGAAGAGAAGAAAGAGGAUCUUGAAAAAGAAUCAACGAUUCUUUACGCGGUGGACAUCAGAGGGAGGCUGAAUCCUCAGCUUCCCUCUUCGUACACGGGGAACGCGGUUUUAACCGCAUAUGCAAAGGCAAAACGUAAAGAGUUGCUUGAAGAGCCGUUUGGGAGAAUAGUGGAAAUGGUGGGAGAAGGGUCGAAGAGGAUAACGGAUGAGUAUGCGAGAUCAGCUAUAGAUUGGGGAGAGUUGUACAAAGGGUUUCCGCAUGGGGAAGUUUUGGUUUCUUCGUGGUGGAAACUCGGAUUUGCGGAAGUUGAGUAUCCAUGGGGAAAGCCUAAGUAUAGCUGUCCCGUUGUGUAUCAUCGGAAAGACAUAGUUUUGCUGUUUCCCGACGAUGGAGAUAGUAAAGCUGUUAGUGUCUUGGCUGCUUUGCCUUCUAAGGAGAUGACCAUGUUUCAGCAUUGGUUUGAAGAUACCCUCUGCUGA